UUUUUUUUUUUUUUGGGCAUUUGGAAAAUCUCUCAGGCUCUCAGGGGGUUUUGACAAAUGGGUCACUGUACAUGGCGAUGGUCUUCUCAGAUUCAAAUCACUUCAAACUCGGAACCCUCCUAUUUUUUUUCGUAUUAGGUACUUUAAUAUCUAAAGUACAGCUGAUUUAGAGCAGAAGUUUCUUGAGCUGUAGAACCUGAUAUUAUUGGUUGAACUGAAGUUUUAUAAAUAGGUGUGGUUCUUAAUAUUCAGAUUUUUAGGUUAUUAUGGAGUGCAAUAAAGAUGAGGCAGUUAGAGCGAAAGAAAUUGCUGAGAGAAAAUUUACCGAGAGAAAUUAUUCCGCUGCAAAGAAGUUUGUUUUGAAGGCUCAAAAUUUGUACCCGGGGCUUGAUGGUCUCUCUCAACUGAUGACAACUCUCGAAGUGUAUAUCUCUGCAGAGAAUAAGAUAAAUGGGGAAGCGGAUUGGUAUGGAAUACUUGGUGUGAACCACUCGACUGAUGAUGAGACUAUUAGGAAACAAUAUAGAAAAUUGGCUCUUGUCCUCCAUCCUGAUAAAAACAAGUCACUUGGUGCAGAGGGUGCGUUUAAAUUGGUUUCAGAGGCCUGGAGUUUGUUAUCUGACAAGACAAAGAGAUUGGCUUAUAAUCAGAAGAGGGAUUCGAAAGGUAGUCGACAGAAAACUUCUACCCACACUCAAAAUGCUUCUGUGCCGCCAAGUGCAAAUGGCUUUCAAAAUUUUCAUAAUGUUGCUUCAAAUGCAAGGAACGUUCAAAGUAAGGUCCAGGUAGGGGCUACCUCAUUUCAGCCUUCCCAUAAGAAACCAGAUACUUUUUGGACUCUUUGCAAUCGAUGCAAGACUCAUUACGAGUACCUUGGGAUCUAUCUAAAUCACACCCUCCUUUGCCCUAAUUGUCAUGAAGCUUUUUUGGCUGUAGAGAAGGCUCCACCCCCAAAUGUAUUCAAGUCUCCUAGUUGGUCUUCUCAGCAGCAGCUUCAAAAUUCUAGACAGCAUCCUGUUAGUGGCAACGUCCAUGGUACUGGUAGAAAUCCUAAAAAUCCUGACACUGGGCAUUCUGUGGGCCUUAAUUCAGUUGAUAAUGCGAACUUUCAGUGGGGCCCUUCCUCCCGGACAGCUGGUGUUGGUAGUACUUUUUCUUCAGCUUCCGCUCAAUCUGCAAAUUUGGUUCAACAAGCAAUUGAGAAAGGGAAAAGAGAUCGCGAUGAGACACAGCCAUCAACUGAAGUGGAGAGGAGUCACUUUCCUUAUUCAAAAAAGAAAAAAACUGAUGGAAUUAACAGCUAUGGGGUCCACAUGGCAAACCAAAUAGCCAGAGGAGAUGGAUCAGCUGGUGUUCGUUUACCUGAAUUAAAUAAGAAUUAUCCUGAUACUCAAAAGUUUUAUGGUCUUUAUGGUGCAUUUAACAGGACAAAUAGCCACAGAGAGUUGUCAAUCUUUGAAACUCGGAACAUGCAAAUGGACAAGGCUCGAGCUGAAAUUAGUAAGAAACUUAAAGAAUGGAGCUCAUUGGCUGAAAAACCAACUUUGAAUAAACAGUCCAAGAAGCAAAAGAAUGUGGUGAAUGAUGAAACUCCUGAUAUAAAAGUUAAUGGUAAAUUUUCUGCAAGUAGUAAAGGAUGGCAUGAGAGGAAGCCUCAGUCAGGCUCUUUAGCUGGUAAAAGUACAGGUAGUGAGAAAAAUCCUAUCUCAAUUAUUGUUCCAGAUUCUGAUUUUCAUAAUUUUGACUUGGACCGAGCUGAAAGCUCAUUUGGGGAUGAUCAAGUCUGGGCUUGUUAUGAUGAUGAUGAUGGAAUGCCUCGUUUCUAUGCGCGAAUUCACAAGGUGAUUUCCCGAAAACCAUUCAGAAUGCGCAUCAGUUGGCUCAACUCAAGAAGCAACGCUGAGAUUGGCCCUAUGGACUGGGUAGGUUUGGGGUUCACAAAAACCUGUGGGGAUUUCAGAAUUGGGAGACACGAAUGCACAAGAUCAUUGAACUCCUUCUCACAUAAAGUUUGCUGGAUGAAAGGUUUACGAGGGGUGAUUCGGAUAUUUCCUCAGAAGGGUGAAGUCUGGGCUCUUUACAGAGACUGGUCUGCAGAUUGGAAUAAAGAUACUUCAGAAGAAACAAUACACAAAUACGAUAUGGUAGAAGUGCUUGAUGAUUUUAAUGAAGAACAAGGCGUGUCUGUUGCUCCUCUUGUUAAGGUUGUUGGUUUCAGGACUGUGUUCCGUAGACACAUGGAUCUGAAAGAAGUGAGGAAGAUCCCUAGAGAAGAGAUGUUCCGCUUCUCCCAUCAGGUCCCCAAUUACUUGCUUACGGGAGAAGAAGCUCCGAAUGCUCCGAAGGGUUAUAGGGAAUUGGAUCCAGCAGCAACUCCUUUGGAGCUCCUCCAGAUGGAUACAGAAUCUAAUCAGGCAACAACAGAGGACACUGAGGUAAAAACUGAAGAAGAGAUAUCUCAUAUUAGCCAGGAAACUGUAGUUAAUGAGGUGGAAGACCCUUUGGAAGCUAGGAAGGUAGAUUUAGUAACUCAGGAAGAUGAACAAACUAAGAUGCCUGGCGAUGUUGUCUUCCAGGGUAUCUCAGGAAGCUGAUAGGCAGAUGAUGCCAACAAAAGUAAAUCAACUAAAUGUGGAGAUUGAUCGAGGUAUACCCAAUAGGUGCAUUUUUUGAAUUCCGUCUGACCAAAAUUGUAGAGAAUUUCUUGAUUUUGUUUGGACUGGAUCCAUAGUUGCUCCGAUUGUUUAUUGGUUUUGUGGCUAUGUACUUGAGACAGUUAAAUCUCUCAAGUUAUCGAGAAAUUCAUCGAUGAUGACCAUCACAAUUGGGACAAAAAUGAGAUCCAACUUUUCUCUACUUACCUGAAAUUUUUUAGGGUCUGGUUAUUUGUGGCUCCUUAGCACUUAAUUAACUCAGACCCUGUUCUUAAAGGCUUCAUUUAAGGACGGCGUUUAUACUUAUGGUUCAUAUUCCUCUCUCUUGUAAGGAUCCUUCGAAAUGUGUUUGUUCUCUUCUUCCUUAUUGAAGUCUCUUUUAGUUCAACAAUCAACAGGAAGGAUGAGAGCUCCGGCAGUCUAUUUCGGUUUUUGUUAGUUAAUUUCCUUUCCCUUUUUUCCUCGCUGGAACUUAUAGAAAAUGGGUGAUUUAGAAGUAAAAGCACAGGAUUAGCUUUGAACCUAUAUAUAUGUACGAAAAGUUCAGAGAACUUUCUCAUUGACUCCGCCAGGAUCAUAAUGGUAUUGCUGCCAGAGGGCAUGUUUAAUGAUUGUCAUAAGCAAUAUAUAUAAUGGUUUCUUACGCAUGUAAAAGUCAUUUUAUAUGCAAAUUUAUUGAUGCAUAAUUGUACAUACAAAUAUGUGCAUGGUAUGACCAUGAAUAGACACCAUUCAUACAUGCGAUACAUACACACAUGCAUCCUGUCUGUGUACAUCUAGACGUGGGUGGCAAAUUUAUGUGUCUUGCAGGUAUUUUUUUCAACUCAAUUGGCUUCUUGGUGUACGUACGGAGGGGAAGAAAGAACAUCUUUAAGGAUAGCCAACAGGCAACCUUCAGAAUAAACUAUCUUCAACUUAUAGAAGUGGAGGAAUUUCAUAAUGGUUCUGUGGCAAAAUAUCUUAAUCUUUGUGACUGCAUGUGUUGUACUGCCAAUCUUUCUUUAUAUUAGUUAAAUACCAAAAUCUUCCUUUUUGUUUUGCAAAUUAUGACACGUAACUAGUCUUUGUUGGGCACUUUACACCAGUAAUCACAUGGAUGAAGAUUUGCAGAGCUUAUAAUAAUUGGUACUGAUAUCACUAGUUUAUAGCUGAUUGGUGCUGUGAAUUGGAGAAUUGAUACUCAUCUUUGUGCGUUCUAGUGAUUGUCCAAUUAGUCACAGGCAUGAGAAUCAUAGUAUGCAUUGAUAUUUUUUGUCUCGACAUUUUCUAUAGAAUUGUAGAGACAAAUAGCCAAUUUAAAUUCAGUGUUACAGAUUUCUUUUGAG